GUUGCCAAUGAAGGUACAGCUGGGCUAGUGCACUGCUAGAUGAUACGUACAUAUAUAUGUAUAGUGUGCAUGAUGGCUGAAAGGAAGAGAACCAAUCCUCAAAGAAUAGACGUUGAGAGAGACGCAAGGCGUUUUUCCUUCUACCAACACAUCCCUAGACAGAAGCAGCUGACUAUUGGGAGUGGAGUACUACAGAUGCAGAAUCAACAAAUUUCUCUGCCCGAAAUCAUUGGCAAUGAACCACUGACUAAAUCUAUAGCAACAAGAAAACGUAAAAGAAAGAGUAAGAGAGCGGUUGUCGCAGUGACAUACAAGCCGAAGCUGAGAAAUUCUCCAUCUGUUUUGGCCUCCCCUACUAUCUCAGAAAAUACACUCCUGUCGUUUCCAGUCGUACAGAUUCCAGAUCAUCCCCCAAAAUGUUCCGUUCCCAUCCUUCAUUCCUAUACACCUGGACAAGAAGCAUUUCUUUCUCGAGAUACACACCAAUUAAUAUCAAAUUGCAUAUCCAUAGGCAAGGUGUGUGUAUCACUUAAUGGUGACAUACCUCUUAACAAACUGUUUUUGGAAUGUGGAAUUUCUCUCAAGUUGUCACUUGAGUUCUUUGCAGCUGCACCCCCUUUGCUCAAAAUUGCUGAUGGCACACAGUUUGUGUAUGUGUGUGUGAGUGAAAUUAAUCCGCCACUGAAAAUAAAUGUGUGUGGCUUGCUCUCUGGGAAGAAGAUGCGAUUGAUGGCAGCACCAAUUGGUGAUACUCCUCUUGUUAAUGAGCUCGUUAUUGAGGUGUGGGCGAUGGAGUCGCUCUGUACAGUUGCUGAUUCAUCUGAAGUAGUCAAGUGCUAUAGUCAAAUCCAUGAUGUCAGAGAAUUGGUUAAAACACUACAUCCAGGCUGUUUGGACACCUGUGAUACUAGAAAUGUUGGCUCAGUCUAUGUCAGUGUAUCUGACGCUAUUAAUAACUUCUACAAGGAGGUGCAAACCAAACAGAGUAACAAGUCUCCGGUUAAAAGUUCCAUUGCAAUGAUCUCCCCUUUUGGUCUGUCCGCUACUCUCCGCAGUUACCAAUGCAAGGCUGUGAAUUGGAUGAUAGGGAAGGAGGAGGAGUGUAAGCCUGGUGGAGCUUGUGACAGGAGUGAGGAGUCUGGUGGUUGUGAUGGUGAGGGUGUUCACAAGCUGUGGUGGAGGUUGCCUACAUCAGACGAGGAAGUAUAUUUCAACUCCUUUUCUGGAAAAUUCUCAAGGCAGCGAUUCCCAGUUGCUCCCUCGCCAAAGGGAGGCAUUCUGGCAGACGAGAUGGGUCUUGGAAAGACUGUUGAGAUUUUGGCUCUCAUUCUGGCUCACCCAUGGCCAGGUGAAAAAUCAAAGAACAGCUCUUGCUCGAACUCUUCUACUUCUGAAAAUGUUGAACAGAGUGCUGCAGUUGAGGAAAAAACGAAAUUGCUUUCUGCAGACAUUCAAGGCACAGACAGUAAAAGAAGUUGUACAAAUCUUCAACACAAGGAGCUUUUGACAGAGUUGGCUGCGCAUGAAGGCCAAAAAGUGUUUGAAGCACAAUCAAGCCCUAGUGACAUCGCCAGAAUGCAAACUGGCGUCAAAUUAGAUGAUGGUGCCCCUCUACCUCAUGUUGUAGAUUCUCAUCGACCACACGAGAAAAGGCCGGCUGUCUGCAUUAAAGAUACUGAUAGUCCUUCAGAUGUCAUUCAGUGUCUUUGUGGAGCCAUCAGUGACCAUGGUUAUGAGGGUGAAUUUGUGCAAUGUGAGUUGUGCCUCGUCUGGUUCCAUACUAUCUGUGUCGAUUACUCUUCCCAAAGACAUGGAGAACAUUUUUACUGCGUGCGGUGUCUACUGGAAAAUCCCCUGCCGUGUGGAGCGACUCUGAUUAUCUCACCUCAGGCCAUAGUUCAACAAUGGAUGGAUGAAAUAACCAAGCACACACAGCCAGGAGUUAUCUCUGCCUAUAUGUACCAAGGCAUCUCUCGAGGCAGAUGUGUGUCUCCCCUUGAGCUUGCUCGCUAUGAUAUUGUCAUAGUAUCGUACGAGACCCUGUGCAACGAGUUUUAUUAUGCUGUGAGCCAUGAGAUGUCUAAGAACCUUCGAAAGAGGAAGCGUUACUACUACUCACCUAGCCCCCUACCGGCUUUGCUAUGGUGGAGGGUUACUCUGGAUGAAGCCCAGAUGGUGGAAUCCACCAACGUGAGGGCUGCAGAAAUGACCAAGAAACUGAGUGCAGUCAACAGGUGGUGUGUGACAGGCACACCUGUGCAGAGGCAGCUGCUCGACCUGUAUGGCCUCCUGCUGUUCCUCAAGGUAGACCCGUACCUGCACUCUACUUGGUUCUCACGACUCUUAUGGGAACCCUACCUCAAUGGCAACAGUUGUCCCAUGGUAGAACUCUUCGCUGAGGUCAUGUGGAGAAACUCAAAGGCUGAUGUAGCUAGUGAGUUGUGCCUGCCAGGCCAUUCAGAGGAGGUUCACUGGCUACAGUUCAGCUCAGUAGAGGCUUAUUUCUACCAGAGACAACAAGGAAAGUGUCACACUGACCUAGAAAAUGUGAUACGCGGGCUGGCCCCUGGUUGUACCCUCUCCAGCCUUGAACAGGCCACCUUCCACAAGCUGAUGACUCCCCUACAUACUCUGAGGCAAGCCUGUUGCCACCCCCAACUGGUUCGCAGUGGCUCCUACCUACCGGUCAGCAUGGGAAACAAGAACUACAUUACCAUGCCACGACUUCUUGAGAAGCUGACAUCCCAAGCCAAAGUGGAGGCAAGGGAGGCCCUCAGGGCAAUGGUAGCUGCACUCAACGGCCUGGCUGGCAUUUUCAUCAUUCAAAAUGAUUUGUUUACAGCAUCAACCUGCUACAGAAGGGCAAUGACAGCAUGGCAGGAGCACCAGAGUCAUGACAUAGACUGUGACAAGCUCCAACGCAUACACACAAUGGAAAAUCUUGCGGAGCUAUUGCAGCGUGGAUUAGUGGGAUAUGAACAUUCCCUCAGGGACAGUACACUAAUGGAAGAGGCGGUUGCUCUGAGAUCACAGUACACGGAGAAGGUGGAAAGUCAGGUGAAGGUUGCAGCAGAGGGACUGUUUGUUACCAAGAAUAACAUUGACUUGGCUCAAAGCGAGUGCAACUGGAUGCAAGCUGGCUUCCUCGAGGAGAUACCUGCCGAACUUCUAGAAGAGGUUGCCAUGGCCUCAGAUGGUCAGUCCACUGCUGAGGGAAAAGAGAGUGUAGGAGACAAAAAUAUUUCCCAGAAGGAAACUGACACUGACACUACAGCUUGUGAAAAUGACCAGGUUGUGAAGCCAACAGAGCUGUCUGAAACGGAGGCAUUAGGCAAACAAUCCCAAGGUGAACAAUCAGAAUCAAUCGACCUAUCUGAUGACCUGGCUAUUGAGAGUAGCCCUGUUAAAAACAAGAAGACUCAACCAGAAGUGAAGAAACCCAGACCUCGAAUUACUCCAUCUCAGCCAUGGUGGGUGAGUGUGUGUAAGUGGCUGUGUGGGCAUGGUCUUGAUGAGGAGUUGGUCGCAGCUGUGAAGAUAGAGUGUGAGCAGGGAGCAAAAGUACUUGCAAAAUCUAUUCCACGGUUCUCUGACCUCAGUGGCAUCAGUUACUAUAUUACUGACCAUGCAGAUAAGACUCAGUCUACUCGUCAAUGUGUGAUCUCCCUCCUUGACGAUCUCUGUACCAGCCCUAUCUCCCGGCUGAUUGACCACGCCUCUUCCUGUCACCUCCGACCAGAGCCAGAUUCUGACUCGAACCGGGAUGAGGUUGAAAAGCAACUCUGUCUGCUAUGUGUGACUGAAUCUAAAACCAUUUCCUAUGAGAGACAGCUGUUUUCCGAUUAUGAACAUGAUAAGUGGGCUGAGCAAACGUCCCAUGAACAUGGUGGAGGGUCCCGCAAGCCCAGUCUGAUGGAAAAAAUCAUUAAGACAUUAUGGUCCUACUCGAAUAGGCAAAAAGGAUUUCCCAAGAAACUUCAGCAAUCUGGGCAAGCUUACCUGAGCUACAUGGAAGAAUUAAAGAAAGAAUACACUGCCAUUCGCAGUCUUUGGCUUACCUUGGACCGGAGAUUGAGAGUCCAUGAUGAGUUGGACAUGGCCUCUACCAGACUGCGUAAAAUGGCACGGGAGGAAGUCUACAGUGGUAGAGAGAUUUCCUUUGCUAUACAUCCAAAUCAGGUAUUACAAAAAAUGUAUCAGUUUGACUCUGAGAAGGAUGUAGCUGAGCGUGACCUUAAAAAGUGUGUCGGCCAAGUUCUAUAUCUCAAAAACCUUGCAAAGAAAAAAUGUGUUGAGGAAACAUGCCCAGUGUGCUCCCAAGCCCUCCACACGGAGUGGGCCGUCUUUUCUUGUGGACACCCUCUAUGUGUGGACUGUACGUCAUCUCUCAUUCAACAGCAGCCUCACUCCCAUUACCAACCAUGUGUGACUGUUAAGUGCCCUCUCUGUAGAGAAUCGUCUCGCAUUUCAAAUGUAAACUAUGUGCGAGAAGGAUUGGAGGAAGGUUAUCGAGAGGAUAUUCCAAUACAGGGCUGUCACUCUACCAAGGUUGCAGCAGUUGUUCGUACGCUGCUUCAUAUUCAACAGAGUGAACCUAGAUCAAAGUGUCUUGUGUUCUCAACUUGGCUGGAUGUACUUGACAUUAUUGCUGCUGCCCUUGGAGUUAACAACAUAGACUACCGAUUCUUGAAAACCAAGAAAACUUUCCAGGAGAAUCUUGCCCAUUUCAAAAGCUCUCCUGACACCAACGUCCUCCUAUUGCCGUUCCACUCAGGGUCAAAAGGUCUAAAUAUUGUGGAAGCCUCCCAUGUCCUCCUUGUUGAGCCACUUCUCAAAUUGGGGGUUGAGCUACAGGCCAUUGGGCGCAUACAUCGCAUGGGGCAAACCAGACCAACGAAAGUCCAUCGUUUCCUGGUGAGCAAGACUGUGGAGGAAAAGAUUCAUGUUCUCCUUAAAUCUCAGCCAGACAAGUGUCGACGAGAGAAGGAGAGUGAGCUGGCGCUGACACUGUCCGACAUCAGAGAUAUGAUCGAGCUAUAAUUAUGUCAUUUAUGAGGUGGAUCAGGAGUCGUUACUAUAAUUAGUAUCAAUCAUUUAUCCUUCCUGAAUGCACUACCGUUAGUAUAGAGUGCAUCAUCUCUCUGCUUCAGUUCAUUUUGUCACUUAUAGUAUCAUAUCAUUCAUGAUUCCGAG